AUGGAAGACAGGGUCACCCUCAGGGAGCUGGCCGACCUGGCCAUUGGCACCCCGGAGGUGGGCGCCGUGAACUUCACGGCCUUGCACACACUCAUCGUAGCAAUACUUAAGAACCUCAACCUCCAAGAGAUCCUCAUUGACUUUCAGUACCUGUCUGUUGAGCCCCGCCGCUCGGUGGAGUCCAUUCGGACCUCCCUCAGCACCCCGCGCAUGUCAGGGCAGCUGCCAGGGCAGCCGCCAGGGCAGCCGCCAGGGCAGCCUCCAGGGCAGCCGCCAGCGCAGCCGCCAGCGCACAAGGAAAAGCGAAGGAGUGUGAUUAAGAUUCCUUCCCAGACACUGGAAAGUCAGGUGAAGGGCUUGGGCAGCCAGGUGCAGGACCUCAGCAAACAGGUCAAGGCCAUAGACCACAAAGUGCAGAACAUCACCACCCAUGUGCAGCACAUAGCCUCUCUGGGCAGCCUGGCUGACCGGGACUUACCCAGGUGGAAGGAGGAGGAGAUGGCUAUGCUGGGGGCCCUGGAAACGCAGAUGAAGCCUGCGGAGGCCAGUGAAUUGCCACCGAAGCUGCAGACCACAUCCUCACUGACUCCCCUGGGUCAGCUGAGGAUCAAGGAGACCAUAAAGGGUACCAGAGUGAUCAAAGACACCAAAGGACAGAUCAGCGAUAUCAGCCCAGACAAGUCCACGGACCUGCUGCAGGCCAUCACUGAAGAUGUGAGAGUCCUGAAAGAAGCUCACCAGUUGGCCCAGGAGACCCCCGAGAUGAAGCCCCAGAUACUCCUACACCGCAUUAAUGAACUUGAGGACCAGAUGAAAGAACGAGAUGAAUUGCUGGAACAAAUAAAACGGACGCUGAACAUCGUUCCUGGUAAAGAAGAAGUCACCAUGGUCACCUGGGAAGAGCUGGAACAAGCAAUCACUGAUGGCUGGAAGACCUCACGAAAGGGCUCAGAGUCAUCAGAAACAGCUAGUAGGCACAGAGCCCCAUCUUCUGGAAGUGAUCAAGUUCCAUUUGGAGUCUUCACCAGAUUCCCAGGAUUCGAUCAGGUGCCGGACUUCGCUGCUGGCCCAGGCCAGACCUUACCAGGACCCAGUGGUGCAGGGCUUCCCUCUGAACACGUCAAGAGCCAAGUGCUGAGCAGUAGUAGCAUUGGAUUACCUGAUAAAGAUCAGGGGCCAAGACCCCUCAAGACAUCCCAGGUGAAGGCAGAGUCCGAUCGCCCGAAGACCAGGAGGUCCGUGUCUUCAGUUCCUUCAAGAAGAGACGCACAAGCUCUACCCCAUGGCCCAGCUCAGCAGGGUUUACCUCCAGCCAGAGAUCAGCGAUACUUCGUACAUCUAGAUCAGCAGGGUGGGGUGCCCAUCAGCCCAGGGCAAGUCGACCCAAGAGCCGCUCAGCGUGGACCGCGUGGCAUAAGCCAGACAGGAUUGCUACAACCUAGUGCUUAUAUACACGCUGUGGUUCCCCUCAGCGUGGGUCAACUAGGUAUGCUGCCACCCGAGAUGGAUGAUCAGGGAUUGGUGCCACUUGCCAUGGAUCAGCGGAGCGUGAUACCACCAUUGGUACCUGGCAGAGGUCAACAAGGACCAGAGUUACCUAGUCCUGCCCAGCUUGGUACAGUUCCACUGAGCACAUAUCAACCUGACAUGAUACCUCCUGGCAUAGACCAGUGGGGUGUGGAACAGCCUGUCAUGAGUGAUGCUGGGCUGGGACCGGGGGCUAUAGAUCAGCCUGGGUUGAUGCCACUUGGUGUGGUUCAGGAUGAAUUUGCACUAUUGGACACAAGCCAGCAAGGACUGGUUUCCCCUGGCAUGGCUCAGCAAGGACUGGUGCUUCCUGGCAUGACUCAGCAAGGGUUGUACCCAUCUCUUACAGAUCAAUAUGGUUUAAUGUCACCUGGCUUGAUGCAAAUUAGUCCAGAUCAACAAGGUUUGGGACAGCCCAGUCUGGGAGCACCUGGUUUUAUACAAUCUGGCACAGGACAGCAUGACUUGACCCAGCCUGGCACGGAUCAGCCUGGCUUGGUACAGCCUGACAUGGGUCAGCCUGGUUUGGUACAGCCUGGGGCAGGUCAGCCUGGCUUGGUGCAGCCUGGCAUGGGUCAGCCUGGUUUGGUGCAGCCUGGGGCAGGUCAGCCUGGUUUGGUGCAGCCUGGGGCAGGUCAGCCUGGUUUGGUGCAGCCUGGGGCAGGUCAGCCUGGUUUGGUGCAGCCUGGGGCAGGUCAGCCUGGUUUGGUGCAGCCUGGGGCAGGUCAGCCUGGCUUGGUGCAGCCUGGCGCGGGUCAGCCUGGUUUGGUGCAGCCUGGGGCAGGUCAGCCUGGUUUGGUGCAGCCUGGCAUGGGUCAGCCUGGUUUGAUGCAGCCUGGCAUGGGUCAGCCUGGCUUGGUGCAGCCUGGGGCAGGUCAGCCUGGCUUGGUACAGCCUGGCAUGGGUCAGCCUGGUUUGGUGCAGCCUGGGGCAGGUCAGCCUGGUUUGGUGCAACCUGGCAUGGGUCAGCCUGGCUUAGUGCAACCUGGCAUGGGUCAGCCUGGUUUGGUGCAGCCUGGCAUGGGUCAGCCUAGCUUGGUGCAGCCUGGCUUGGUGCAGCCUAGGGCAGGUCAGCCUGGUCUGGUGCAGCCUGGCAUGGGUCAGCCUGGCUUGGUGCAGCCUAGGGCAGGUCAGCCUGGUUUGUUGCAGCCUGGCAUGGGUCAGCCUAGCUUGGUGCAGCCUGGCUUGGUGCAGCCUGGGGCAGGUCAGCCUGGUCUGGUGCAGCCUGGCAUGGGUCAGCCUGGCUUGGUGCAGCCUAGGGCAGGUCAGCCUGGUUUGUUGCAGCCUGGCAUGGGUCAACAAAGUUUAAUGCAGCCUGGUACUUAUGUGCCUGGUUUAGCACAACCUGGAAUGGACCAGCGUGGAUUGGUACAGCCAGUUGCAUAUGUCCCUGGGGACCAACAGGCUUUGGCUCAACCCACAGUGGACCAGCGUGGCUUAGGACAUCCUGAUACAGUUCGACGUAGUUUGGUGCAGCCUGGAGCGGAACAGCUUGGUAUGGUCCAACCAGGUGCAGGCCAGCCUGGCUUGGUGCAGCCUGGAACAGAUCAAUAUGGCAUGAUCAGCGUGGCCUGGUGUCACCUGGCAUGGACCAGCGUGGCAUGGUGCCAGCUGCAAUAUAUCAGUAUGGUUUUGUACAGCCUAGUGCAGUUCAGCGUGACUUUACGCAGCCUGGUGCAGAUCAGCUUGGUUUGGUGCAACCUGUCAUGGAGGCUCAGCAAGUCUCAGAGCAGCCUGGUGAGGCCCAGCCAAUCUCAGAGCAGCCUGGUGAGGCUCAGCAAGUCUCAGAGCAGCCUGGUGCGGAUCAGCAAGGUCCAUUGCAGCCUGGUGUGGGCCAGCGAGGUUCGUUGCAGCCUGGAGCCGGCCAGCGAGGUUCGGUGCAGCCUGGAGCCGGCCAGCGAGGUUCGGUGCAGCCUGGAGCGGGCCAGCGAGGUUCGUUGCAGCCUGGAGCGGGCCAGCGAGGUUCGUUGCAGCCUGGUGCGGGCCAGCGAGGUUCGUUGCAGCCUGGUGUGGGUCAGCGAGGGUCGGUGCAGUUUGGUGCUGACCAGCGAGGUUCGUUUUAUGGUACCUGGAAUAGAUCCACGUAGUUUCAGACUACCCAGUACAGGCCGGCAAGACUUCAUAUCACCAGGCAUAGAGCUUCGUAGCCUUUCAACUGUCCAGGAGGAUUCCCUGCAUCCACCUCAGCGCAGUACUGUACCUCUUAGCCGAGAGCAAUAUGUCCAGACACUACCAUUACAAGACAGGCAAAGUAUGACGCGUCCUAGCGUAGAACAUCAGAGUCCAAGGUCAGUAAGCAUGGAUUCGGGCACCACACCCUUAGAUCAGCAGCAGUUGGCACCACCUGACUCAGAUCAACCAGACGAGAUGCUUCCCGAUGCAGCUCAGCAUGGCCCUUCAUUUUCUCUUCCUGACUAUCCUGGCCCAGAUUUUGACUUUCCUAGCCAGGCAGGAAUGGAGCCCUACAGAAGACAUGCCUCCAUCCAAGCCGAACUUCCUGCCCACGCUGUCACAGGCCAAGAUGUCCCUUUUGCCAGGGCUCGAGACUCCUUGAGCUAUCUCCGCCAAAUCUCAUCUGAACAUGAGGUCCAGACCGAACGGAGGGAGUCACUGGAGAAACUGGCUCCUACCUUCCCUAUGGCGGUGGAGAGCUUUCGCCUGGUGGGCGAGCUCAUUGGGCUCUACAUGGAACUGAAGGAGAACCUGAAGGACCUGGACGAGGAGCAGGCCGGCCAGACUGAACUGGAGAAGAUCCAGUUCCUGCUUGCGACCAUGAUUAAAAAGAGCAUACCCCAGGACCUGAAGGAUAUGAUGAAAACCUUAAAGACCUUGGCCAAAGAAGUUCGUCAGGAAAAAGCGAAACUGGACAAGUUACAACUAAUCCUGGACGGCGAUGGUGGGCAGGUGGAAGGAAAGCAGCUGAAGGCUAACCAGAUGAACCUGCAGCUGGGCAUGCUCAGAGUCAACGUGACUGACAUCGAGAAGGAGCUGUCAGAGCUGAGGGAUAGCCAAGAGCGAGGCAAGACCAACAUGGAGAACUCAGUCUCCGAAGCAUCCUCUUUCUUACAGGAUCAGUUAGACAAGCUCAGGACAAUCAUUGAGAACAUGCUGACUUCUUCCUCCACACUGCUGUCCAUGAGCAUGACCCACAAGCCCAUAGCCAACCUGCCACCCGGCCAGAUUGACCCUGACGCCACCUGCCCAGCCUGCAGUCUGGAUGUGAGCCAUCAGGUCAGCAUGCUGGUGCAGCGCUAUGAGCAGCUACAGGACAUGGUCAGCAACCUGGCCGCCUCCCGGCCCUCCAAGAAGGCCAAGCUCCAGAGCCAGGAUGAGGAGCUGCUGGGCCACGUCCAGAGUGCCAUCUUGCAAGUGCAGGGUGACUGUGAGAAGCUCAACAUCACCACCAGCAACCUCAUCGAGGACCACCGGCAGAAGCAGAAGGACAUUGAAAUGCUGUACCAGGGCCUAGAGAAGCUGGAGAAGGAGAAAGCCGACAGAGAGCACCUGGUGAUGGAGAUUGACGUGAAAGCUGACAAGAGUGCCCUGGCAUCCAAAGUGAGCCGAAUCCAGUUUGACGCCACCACGGAGCAGUUGAACCACAUGAUGCAGGAACUGGUGGCCAAGAUGAGUGGGCAGGAGCAAGACUGGCAGAAGAUGCUGGACAAGCUCCUAGCAGAGAUGGACAGCAAGCUGGACCGCCUGGAACUGGACCCAGUGAAGCAGCUAUUGGAGGAUCGGUGGAAAUCACUGCGGCUGCAGCUCAAAGAGCGCUCUCCGCUCUACCAGGCAGAUGAGGCAGCUGCCAUGCGCAGGCAGCUCCUGGCCCAUUUCCACUGCCUCUCUUGUGAUCGUCCCUUGGAGACAUCUGUGACUGGACAAGUCAUCCCUGUGACCCCCAUGGGCCCAGGCAUGCCUGGCCACCGCUCUUCCCGCCCUUACACCGUGUUUGAGCUAGAACAGGUCCGCCAGCAGAGCCGCAACCUCAAGAUGGGCGGCAACUUCCCUCGCAAUGACCUGUCGCAGAUGGAACGGAGUGUGGGGCGCCUGCGUUCCAUGCACUCCAAGAUGCUGAUGGACAUAGAGAAGGUGCAGAUCCACUUUGGGGGUUCUGUGAAGGCCAGCAGCCAGAUGAUCCGUGAGCUGUUGCAGGCCCAGUGUCUCAGCCACCCCUGUUAUAAACGGGGGGCAGAUACAGCCGACUACACCUACUCAACUGUGCCUCGGCGCUGUGGGGGCAGCCACACCCUCACCUACCCCUACCGCCGAAACCGCCUGCAGCACCUGACCCCACUGGAGGAGAUGCAGAUUGCCAUGAAGUAUGAUGAGGUAGACAUCUUGGGCCUCGAUGGACAUAUUUACAAGGGUCGGAUGGAUAUGAGGCUGUCGGGCAUCCUGAACAAAGAUGCUUCUUCACGCCAGAAAAACAGACCUGUCUCCUCCGAGGGACGUUUCACCCAGUCAAGUCUGAUGCACGCGUCCCUCCCCAGGGAGAUAGUCAACCUGCAGGGCAGCCACCAGGGACUGGACAUGCACAUGAACAUGCCUCCUGGGGAGGGGCCCGAGGAGCCCACCCGGGGGCCACGGUCCACCGCUGCCCACUGA